GUAAUCUGAGAAUUUCUGCCGCUGGUGAUUUCAGAAAACUAACGCAGUGAGGGAAAGCUUUAGUCUUUGAUAUCGCUCUAUAUCUGGUUGCUCCAUUUAUUUCUAAAACCCACUGUGUCUGAGCCACAGGGCUGGUGAACCUCAGGGAAUAACGUGAAGGAUGGAGAACUUCUGGGCAGGGGUCCUUUGGGCCACAGAGAUCUGGCUCUACCUUAUUGUCUGCCUCAUUAUGAUCCCAGCUAUGUUUGGAUUUUCUCUGGGUAUCUCUGAGACCUACAUGAACAUCCUGGUGCAGACUUUAGAGUGGGCCACUCUGAACAUACAGAAAGCAAACGCAGAAGAAGAAAGUGCUAAAGCUUCUGCAUCUAAUGGUCUCAUCCAAAGGGAACACGGCUCGAUGGAGAAAGAGUUGGGGGAACUCCGACGCAGUAGACCCAAACCGCCAGUAGGAGGCGAUUUCACACUUAGCGACUGUUUCUAUUUCACUCGAAGGGGAAUUGAGAGCAUUGUAGAUGAUGAGGUAACCCAGCGGUUCACCUCUGAGGAGCUGGUAUCCUGGAAUCUACUGACUCGCACCCACAAUGACUUCCAAUACAUCAGUCUGAAGCUGACAUUGGUCUAUGGCCUUGGUAUCUUUGUGAGAUACUGCAUCCUCGCCCCUCUUAGGAUCACACUGGCCGGCAUCGGGCUGACCUGGUUGGUGAUUGGAACGUCUGCGGUUGGAUUCCUUCCAAAUUGCAGGGUAAAGUUCUGGCUCAGUGAGUGGGUCCAUGUCAUGUGCUACAGGAUCUGUGCUCGAGGUCUUUCUGCUACUAUCCGCUACCACAACAAAGAGAAUAGACCCAAAAAAGGAGGAAUCUGUGUGGCCAAUCACACCAGUCCUAUUGACAUCGUCAUACUUUGCAACGACGGCUGCUAUGCUAUGGUGGGGCAGGUGCAUGGAGGUCUGAUGGGGAUUGUUCAGAGAGCCAUGGUGAGGUCCUGCCCUCAUGUCUGGUUUGAGAGGUCUGAGAUGAAAGAUCGCCAUCUAGUGACCAAAAGGUUAACAGACCAUGUGAAUGACAAGACAAAGCUUCCCAUAUUAAUAUUUCCAGAGGGUACCUGUGUUAACAACACGUCUGUCAUGAUGUUUAAAAAGGGAAGUUUUGAAAUUGGAGCAACGAUAUAUCCUGUAGCCAUCAAGUAUGACCCAAAGUUCGGAGAUGCUUUCUGGAACAGUUCCAAGUACAGCAUGGUGAGCUACUUGCUGCGGAUGAUGACGAGCUGGGCUCUAGUCUGUAACGUCUGGUACCUUCCAGCCAUGCACCAACAGGAGGGAGAGGAUGCUGUCCACUUUGCCAACAGAGUGAAAUCUGCCAUAGCUCACCAAGGAGGACUGGUAGACCUUCAGUGGGACGGCGGUCUGAAGAGGGCGAAGGUGAAGGACACAUUUAAGGAGCAGCAGCAGAAAAAGUACAGCAGCAUGGUGGUCGGAGACGACAGCAGCAGCAACAGUGACUGAGAUCAACUUUCAGCACAAGGGACAAGACCUCCAUCUUGUUUUGACAUGAUGGAAAUAGACAAAUUUACUCCUUGGUUUUCACAUUGUAUGGACACCAUGAUUGCCCGAAUGGACUUAUAAGGAGCAGCUAAGCGGAAACCAAGCCAGUGACAUUAUGUGCAAUAUUGAAGCUGCUAGGGCAGAAAAAGGAACUGCCUUGCUGCUUAUCUGUUAUUGCAAUUGAAUAUUAUUGCUGAAAAACUUCAGUGUUUGGACUGAAAUGUGUGUUUGAAGAAAACUGACUCGUGAAAUGGUUCUUUUCUUACUUUAAAAAUUUUAGUUUACA